AUGCCUGGCCAGCGACUGCAAGGCUGCGGCUCCCUCCACAUAAACGAAGACAACGGCCGCUUCUUGCUGCUCGCGGUCUUGAUUAUUCUGUAUCUGCUGUGCGGUGCCGCAGUGUUUUCCGUUAUAGAGCGGCCUUCGGAGGUGCAGGCGCAUGACAGAUGGAACAGGACACUUUUCAACUUCAGCGAGACGUUCAACAUCAGCUUGGAGGAUCUGAACUCUUUUCUACGGGAGUACGAGACAGCUAUUGCCGCGGGGAUCCGAGCUGACGCUCUCAGGCCGCGAUGGGAUUUUACAGGGGCUUUUUACUUUGUUGGGACUGUGGUGUCAACUAUUGGUUUCGGGAUGUCCACUCCGGUGACGGUAGCAGGGAAGGUGUUCCUGAUCUUCUAUGGUCUCCUUGGCUGCGCCGCCACCAUCUUGUUCUUUAACCUCUUCCUGGAACGCAUUAUCACCCUCCUGGCCGUGGUCAUGAAGGCCGUGAGGGAACGGCGCAUCCGGAACUCCGGCCUCCUCCCGCCGGGUAUCCGCCAUGACUUCUCGGCGUGUUCUUUCCCGGGGUGGAAGCCGUCUGUCUACCACGUCAUGUUGAUCCUGGGGCUGUCUGCCAUCAUCAUCUCCUGCUGCGCCUCAGCCAUGUACACCCCUGUGGAGGGAUGGGCCUACCUGGACUCACUCUACUUCUGUUUCGUCACAUUUAGCACCAUUGGCUUUGGGGACCUGGUGUCAAGCCAGAGAGCGGACUAUGAGUACCAGCCGCUGUACCGUCUGGCUAACUGCCUGUUCAUCCUCAUGGGCGUGUGCUGCAUCUACUCUCUGUUCAACGUCAUCUCCAUCGUCAUCAAACAGGUGCUCAACUGGAUGCUUCAGAACCUGUGCUGCCAGCGGUGCAACAUCAGGUCAAACUCUUUCCCGUUGGGACGCCGCAACGCCAUCCGGCCCGGGUCGAGAAUCCGUAAGGGCCGCUUCGGAAUCAGACGCCCACCGGACUCUGGGGAUUCGGGACCCUGCGACAGCGACACGGAGGGGGGAGGACGCAGACUCUCUGGAGAGAUGAUUUCAAUGAAGGACCUGACGGCCUCGAAUAAGGUCUCACUGGCACUCAUGCAGAAGCAGUUAUCAGAGUCCGCUAACGGUUAUCCCAGGACGGUGUGUGGUGGCUCGAGACAUAACGGGUUCUCUGGAGGAGUGGGCGCUCUGGGGAUCAUGAACAACAGACUGGCAGAGACCAGCAACUCCAGGUAG